CGGUAGCGAUGUAAAUCGGAGCGAAGUUUCAAGUGGAAAUAGAGGCAAAAAAGACAAUAUUUGCAGUUUAUGUGGAAAAAAAGUGUGUGACUUUGUAAAGUGCAUGAAGUGCGAAGAUAUUUUUCACCCUGCCUGCAUGAUACAAGCUAACACACGAAAAACACCGAAAUGCAUUCAUGUAUCAAUACCAACUGAUGGCGACGAUUCGUCAAUAGCUGAGAAAUUAACUGAAAGUCCGGAACCGGAGGUAGAGAUGAAAAUUCUGAGAGUGGAGAAUUACUUUCUAAAGCAGUUGCUUAGCGAGUGUCAGAGUAAGAAUAAAGUUUUAUUGCACAACAAUGAAUUACUUGUAGAAAAAAUCAUGAGAUUGGAAAAAGACAACACAAGUCAAGAUAAACAAAGCAAGAAAAACGAAGUAAACAAUCGUUUUCAAAGAUCGAGACAGCCAAGUCCACAUGCACUCAAUACAGAUGGGAAAUCUCAAGGUAAACAAGAGAAUACUGUUGAUUCAAAUUCAGCAGGAACACAGAGUAUAGUACAUAAACAAAGCGCAAAAGAACUACGAAAUAUGAGAGAAGAUACGGAAGAACAUCCACAAAAUGAUACGUCAAAGCAUAACCUAAAAUUCCAAAAAGAAAACAUCAAUGAAAAUAGUGGAGCUAUGAAUCUGAGAAUGAGUGAAGUCUGGACUGAAGUUAAAAAUAAAAAACAGACAAGAAAAGCGAGGAAUAGUCUGAUUUGCAAAGGAAAUGAAAGUUCACAGAAAAAUAUUAAAAUCAAGGGAGCAGUAAAGCGGAAAUGGUUAUACAUUGGUAGAAUUUCUGGAAAGGAAGUCAAAGAAGACGAUAUUGCGGAAUAUCUAAGGGACACCAAGAAAUGUGAGGGAGCAAUUAUUAAGAAAUUGGAUACAAAAGAUGCUGGAAAUAUUGACAUUAUCCUCUUGAGUGAGCAUUGGUUGAAAGAAGAACAAAGUGAGUUAGUUGAGCUAAAUGGCUACAAGAUCUCAAGUAUAUACUGUAGGCAAAUCAUGAAAUGUGGAGGAACAUUAGUGGCCGUACAUGACAGAUGGAAGUCUUCAGAAAUAACAGAAGUAGUGAAACUCUCUAGGGAAAAAGAUGUUGAGAUGGCGGCUGUACAUAUCCCGGCAAUAAAUACAAUCAUUGUGGCACUGUAUAGAGCCCCUACAGGAGAUUUCAGCAAGUUUAUGGAAAUUCUAACUGAAGCGCUAAAUAUCAUUUCCAAUAAGUACAGCAAAGAAAAAGUCAUUAUCGGAGGAGAUUUCAACAUAGACUUUCUGAAGAGAAAUAGAGAAAGCAUGUUGAUUACAAAUCUCAUGUUCUCAUAUGGAUUGAAAGGUAAGGCAACUACACCAUCCAGAGUAACAAAACAAUCAGCAAAUUGCAUUGAUAAUAUGUUCACUAAUGAUCAGGACGAAUCAACACUGAUCACGUCGGAAAUACAUAUGUCUGAUCAUCAAGCCCAAUUAUUGAAAAUUAAAAAAACAAAAACAACUACAUCAUUGGAAAAAGAAACCAUAAAAAAAAGAUUAUUCAAGGAGGAGAAUAUUCAACAGAUCAAACAAGAACUUUCCAAAAUUGAUUGGGAGAAUUUUUUAGCCUCCAAAGAUGCGAAAGUAGGUUUUACGGAAUUUCACAACUAUUUCAUGUCAAUCUUAGAUAAGUGGGCACCAGUAAAGGAGAGAGUACUUUUACAAUGUAACCAAAAGAAUAAAAUUUUCAAAACACGGAGAAUACAAGAAAUGAAAAAUAAAUUAGAUGCUCUGCAGGUGAUAAUGUCUGUUAAAAAAGAUCAGGAAUCCCAGACGAUAUAUAAAAAAUAUAAAGAUAUAUUCAACAAAGAAGUGGAGAACACACUGAGAGAAAAUAACAAAAAUUUAAUAGAAAAGGCCAACAAUAAAUCAAAAGCUAUGUGGAAUAUAAUUAAAAACAAAAAAAAAAGAAAAUUCAUCUAAACACAGUAUACUAACAGCAAAUGACCUAAACAAGUUUUUUUCAGAGAUCGGAAAGAAAACCGCAAAACAACUAAAGAACACAGGUAAACUAUAUAAAGACUACUUGAAGAGGGUGAAAGCAGACACUUCCAAAAGUUGCUAUCUUUUUGAUUGUACCGAGGAGGAGGUGGGAAGAUUAUUUUCAAAGAUCAAAAAUAAAAACACAAUGGACAAAUACUUUCUGUCAAUGAAUGAUCUCAAACUAUUCAGUAAUGAACUGGUAAAGCCUAUCAGCAUUUUUAUAAACAAAUGUUUCAGUAGUGGUUAUUUUCCGGAUGAGCUCAAGUCUUCCAGGGUAGUUCCAGUAUACAAGAGAAAAGGAGAUAUAAAUGAAUGUAACAACUAUAGACCUAUAUCAAU